AUGAGCCACCAAGUCGAGCAGCAACACGAAACCGACCAGGCCAGCGACAUCAUCGAGGUCGAGCCUGUCGUCGAGAGAAUCACUGUCAAGACCAAAGGAACCAACACAACUCCCGAGCCUUCGACACCCAGCUCGAGCAUCCACGGCAGAGUUCAUGGCACCCCCGAAAUUAUAGAUGAUGGAGGGCUUGUACACGAAUACGAAGAAAGAGAAGGCGCAAAGAAGCCACGCUUCGCAUACCUAAGGACAAGAGAUUUCUGGAUCGUGCUCCUGCUCACUCAGGUCAUUGCUCUGGCUCAGACUGGAACAAACACUCUCACAUCCUUGAUCAAUGCUCGAGGCACGAGUAUCCCGGCCUUCCAAACCUUCUUCAAUUAUGUCCUGCUCAACAUAGUAUACACGUCCUUCACCCUGUACAAGUAUGGCUUCAAAAAAUGGGGAAACAUGGUUGUCAAAGAUGGUUGGCGAUUCUUCAUCUUGGCCUUCUUGGAUGUCGAGGGCAACUACUUCAUCGUGCUUGCCUACAAGUACACAAAUCUCCUGUCUGCUCAGCUUUUCAGCUUCUGGACUGUCGUCGUCGUAGUUGUCAUUUCGCUGGUUCUUCUCAAGGUUCGCUACCAUCUUGCACAGUACGGAGGAAUUGUACUUGCAUGCGGAGGCUUCGCACUUUUGAUUGCCAGUGAUUAUAUUACAAAAAGCAACAAUUACUCUCCUGUCAACGCUCUCAAAGGAGAUCUUUUCUGUCUCCUCGCUCAGACUCUUUACGGUUUCAGUAACACAUUUGAGGAAUUCUUGGUCUCGAAACGACCCAUGUACGAAGUUAUUGGCCAACUCGCAUUCUGGGGCAUGUUCAUCAACGGCGUCCAAGCUGCCAUUUUUGACCGCCACUCCAUUCAGGAAGCACAUUGGGACGGAAAAAUCAUUGGCUACAUUGUUGGCUACACUUUGCUGUUGUUCAUCUUCUACUCCCUGGCACCGAUCGUCUUCCGCAUGAGCUCGGCUGCUUUCUUCAACAUUGGUCUGUUGACGGGCACCUUCUGGGGAAUCGUUGUUGGUACUCAGGUUUUGGGCUACCACAUCCACUAUCUCUACCCCAUUGCUUUUGUUCUCAUCAUUCUCGGACAUUUCGUUUACUACGGCACCGAGGGUGUCUUAGGCGAGGCCAAGAAACCAUGGCUUGGAGAGAACCAAGAGCUUGGUGAAAGUGGCCUUGGAACAGCUCGUCGCCGUGCUGAGCACCCUAACGCCAUUGUCUGA